UUCCGCUAAAGAUUGUUUGAGUUGGCACGGUGUAUAAAUCAGGAUAAUUUGUGAUAUUUACCUCAAUCCGAUAAACAGGCCAAUUCAGGGCAAUAAAUCGCUAGAUACGUCACGAUGGGUUACCAAUACUCGUCAAUCCUGCUCCUCAUCGGGAUCGCUGCUGCCAAUGCUGCAAGGACUGAUCCCAAUUUCAUGGAAGGUAAAACCACUGUCGUUCACCUUUUCGAAUGGAAGUGGACAGACAUCGUCAGGGAGUGUGAAGAUUACCUUGGACCGCAUGAGUUCGCUGGUGUUCAGGUCUCGCCACCAAUGGAGCAUAGAGUCUACCCAAAUAACGACGUCCCGUACCCCUGGUGGCAGCGUUACCAACCUGUUAGCUACAAUAUCGAGAGCCGUAGUGGUACUCGUGAACAGUUCGCAGACAUGGUCACACGCUGUAACGCGGCUGGUGUCAGGGUCUAUGUAGAUGCUAUUGUCAAUCACAUGGCUGCAGUUACCACGUUGGAUAAUAGUACUUACACAUUCCCGGAUGUUCCUUAUGACCAUGAUGACUUCAAUGUACCUAAAGGGCUGUGCAACAUCUCAUCAGGAGAGAUACUCAGUACAAGCUACGUUGGUAGCUCCUAUGAGGUCCGGUAUUGCAAUCUCCUAGCACUAGCCGAUAUCUACUAUGGACCUGAUAAUGACUACUAUGGCAGGACCAAGGUGGUGGAAUACCUGAACGACCUGAUCUCAUUAGGAGUGGCUGGAUUCCGAAUAGAUGCAGCUAAACACAUGCUUCCCUCUGAUCUGGCUGGUAUUUUAGACCUCCUCGAUGACUGCACAUUCGGUGGAAGACCGUGGAUCUACAACGAGGUCAUCGGUGUCGAUGAUAAUGAGGCCAUUCAUGUUGAUGAGUACUACGAGUGUGGUGAUGUCACUGAAUUCAAGUAUUGCAAUGAGAUAGCCCAGUUUGGCCGAGGCACGAAGGCAGCGGCAGAAUACUCAGACUUUGGGUUCGAUGACAAAUGGACAUUUAUGCCGAGUGAGAGUGCCGUUGUCUUUGUGGAGAACCAUGAUAACCAGCGCGGUCACGGUGCUGGAGGGACUAUCCUGGCCUUCCAAGAACCACUCCCAUACAAGAAAGCAGUGGCCUUCACCCUCGCCUGGAACUACGGAACCACUCGUCUCAUGAGCAGCUACGAGUUCGAAAAUACGGACCAGGGACCACCAUCCAAUGCCAACGGUGUAAUCGACGAUGUCAUCAUCAAUGACCGUGGAACGUGCGACGGAGGAUGGGUGUGCGAGCAUCGUUGGCAAGAGAUCCGUAACAUGGUCUGUUUCCGUAAUAUCGCCGAGGGUGAGGCUGUGGAGAACUGGUGGGACAACGGUGAAAAUGCCAUCGCUUUCUCUCGAGGAGACAAGGGAUUCUUUGCAUUGAACAACGAGGAGUUCACCGUGAAUGAAGUUCUGCAGACUGGUCUUCCCCAGGGUACCUACUGCGAUAUCAUCAGUGGGGAUACUACCGUUGACGGCUGCUCUGGGCUCUCCGUAGAAGUUAAUGCAGAUGGAACGGCCGCGAUUAUGAUCGUACCUAGCGGACGUGAAGGCAAUGAUGCUAUGAUCGCUUUGACGCGAGAAGCAACGUCUGGUCGCGGCCUUUAUGAGGGUUGUCUUUUUGUCAGUGGGGCGGGAACUCGCCUUGUUGCCAAUUCGACUUGGAUCUCAAUGAUUCUCGUUCUUCUACUUCUAAAGUAGGCCUGAUUCAUGAAGGCUUCCCGAAGUAUUAUAAGGGAUCGUCUGAUUCGGCAAGCCACCAUCGGUCCUACAACAAAUGCUCCUGCGAUUAUUGCUCCGCUAUAAAUUUCUUAUUUCUAGCUUCGAUCCGGGACCAAACAUUAUACCUAACUCUUAUCCCAGCCCUAAUUAUAACCUAAAAGGCCUAACCCUCACGCUGGUCCUAAC